AUGUUGGUUUCUAGUUACAUCGCCUGCCUGCUGCUAGCAGUACUUGGAUCCGCGGAACAAGAGGAUCUAACCAGCAGCCCUUCGGCGGAACUAACUACAGUGCGGCUGAAGGACAUCCAGGAGCAGUUAGUGCAACUAAAAUCGAAACUAAACACACUUACCUCUCAGAUGGGAACUCUACUCGAACGUGAACAAUCCUGUGACUCUCGAACGGUGAUAACUGAUUGCAGUGACGUUAAGGAGUCCGGUAUUUUCCCGCUACGGAUCUGUUCCGAACCCACGUACAACGUUUACUGUAACCAAUCCUUCGAAGGUACCGGCUGGAUGGUGGUCUACUAUCGUAACGAUGGUCCACGAAAUGGCACCUUCAAUCAAACGUGGACAUCGUACACUCAUGGCUUCGGUCAACCGGGUGGGGAACAUUUCAUCGGACUAGAUCGAUUACACUCCAUCACGUACGGUUCGUCGUAUGAAAUUGCGUUUAUUCUUUCGUCGCCCAAUGGUGGGGAAACGGUUGGCAUUUACGAUCACUUCGAGGUUGAUAACGGGAGGGAUCACUAUCCGAUCAGGGUGAUCGGUUCUGCGAGAGGAAGUAUGCGGCUUUUUACCGACAACAAACAGCAGCUGUACAAAUUUCAAACGUACGAUCGUAACAAUUUACAUCCUAUUGGGCGCGGUACAAUGCUGGAGGAAGAGUGUGCUUUUUGGUUUGUGGAUAUGCCGCACAAUCACGAUAGCAGCGGUUUUCAACAAUUCUGUGCUAAUCUGCGUCGACUCAAAGUUAUGAUAAGAAAGCGGUCGAGCACGAGUUAA